AUGGCAGACGGUACAUCAUCACAAACGACCAGAAGACGAACCAGGGGAGGUCAAGAUGCGAAGUUAGCUCGUAAUUUAGCAGCAGUUCAAGCGUUAAAUUCUUCUUCUUCGCGAUAUACAACAGCUGGACGAAGAAAACCAUCAAAAAGUGGUUCAUCAUCACCUUCAAGACUUAAAUUUUUACUUUCUAUACUGUUGGUCACAACAUUACUGCUGGUGAUCCUGCAAACGUUCAGACAUAUUCGUUCGCGGUCAGCAACUUCUACUUCUUCGUUUCAAUCUCGACUAAAACGAGCUCAAGCAGCAUUACAAUCAAAGCAAAAUGCUGGAAUACUAGAAGAAUCUCUUGGCGGCUGGAAAGAUAGGAUUGCAAAUGCUGCUUCUGCCGUAUUGGAUGAUUCUUCAGCAAAAGAUCCAAUCGGAAGCGCAGCGGCGAUUGCGUCUCAACGUGAUGAUCGAACGCAAGAAAGCGGAGAAAAAUCAUUGAAUUGGAAAGCAUAUAUGGCUGGAAUGAAAGCGCACUUUGAUGAUGAAUUAUCUAAAGUUCAACAACAAAAGAAAUCUCCGGAAGAUCUUGUAAGAGACACACGUCGAAAAGUUGAAGCAAAAUAUGCAGCAGGUUCAGGUGGUGGUGGAAUGGCGGUCGUCCCCGGUGAAGGCGUUCGUGAUCACGAAUCCCCGAUCCCGUUCGACGAACAAGAUCUUCCGGCUGUUGAGGGAAAGUCUGAUCAAGAAGCAAAGCAAGAUCGAAAGAUCGCACUAGAGGACAUCGAUCAAGAAACGCUCAAAGCAAUGUUUGAUGCACUGUAUGGCAGAGGAUGA